AUGGCGAAAAAACACACCAAAUCUACAGCUUACCAGACUCAGCGGCACUUCUUUGAACCCUGGGUCUGUCACAGGAUUCACUCUCCCAAACGGGACCCUGUGCCCCCACUUCCCCGACCCACAGCUGGGAUCCAGCAAAAAGUACUGCAUUCAGACCGUGGAGCACCACACCGAUUACCUACGCCUCAGUUACCACAUAGAGGAUGCGCCCUUUGGCUCCAUUUAAGUUCAGCAACACCACAACCUACCUACAUCGAACAUUCCCGAGAAAUGGAGUACCACACCGGGGCGCCACCAAUACCCCGCAAGGCAUCGGCUGAUGAUAUCAAAAGCCGGGACCCUGAGGACUCAUCUCUCAUCUCCCUUUUUUCACUAUGUAUGCAAGCCCUUGGGAGCAGGACUCUUACCAGGAGGACCCUAGGGGACCGUGUUGCGCUAAUUGACAUGCUUAAGUUUGUCCACCUGCAGUAA